CGCUCUAUAGUGACUGUAGUCGUGGAGACAGUUACUUACCAACGGGCGCAACACUCAGCAACAGCAGCAGCAUCUGGAAGUCAGAGUGGAAAAGAGAGCAGUACGAGGGCAGAACUUUUCUCAAACAAAGAAUGCAGAACGCAGAGGGAGGGUCAGACACCACGACCACCGUGGCAGCGCUGCGGACGUCAUCAUCAGCCCAGGCGCCUGUGGUACAACCCGUCCCAGCUUCACAGCAGAGGGUGCUGGUUCAAGCUGUGGGCUCAGCUCAGAAAGGAGGACAAGUACAACAGAUCUCAGUACCCAGAGUUCAACAGGUUCCUCAGCAGGUGCAGCAGGUGCAGCAUGUCUACCCAUCCCAAGUCCAGUACGUUGGAGAAAGUGGAGAGGCUGUUUAUACAAAUGGAACCAUCCGAGCAGCUUAUUCCUAUAAUCCCGAGAGUCAGCUGUACGGGCAAAACAGUGGGGGAACAUACUUUGACUCUCAGGCUGGUGGAGCUCACGUCACCACAGUGGUCUCCUCUGCCAGUGGUGGCGUGCCCCCGCAUGGCAUGGUUGGUAUUGCUAUGGAAGUGGGCAGUAGUCACAUCAUCUCCAGCGGCAGCCCCUACCUGAUCCACGGAGGAAGUAUGGAGGGAAGUCGCAACCACAUAUCUCACUCAUCACGCUCCUCCUCGGCUAUGCUUGAAAUGGCGAUUGAAAACCUCCAAAAGUCUGAAGGAAUUGCAAGUCACAAAAGCAGCCUGCUCAACAGCCAUCUGCAGUGGCUGCUGGACAACUACGAGACGGCGGAGGGGGUGAGCCUGCCCCGCUGCUCCCUCUACAACCACUACUUGAGACACUGUCAGGAGCAGAAACUGGACCCAGUCAACGCGGCAUCUUUUGGCAAACUCAUCCGCUCGGUCUUCAUGGGCCUGAGAACGCGCCGCCUUGGCACCAGAGGCAACUCCAAGUAUCAUUACUAUGGCAUCCGGGUGAAGCCAGACUCUCCUCUCAACCGGCUGCAGGAGGACACCCAGUACAUGGCCAUGAGGCAGCAGCCGGUGCACCAGAAGCAGAGGUUCAAGCCUCUGCAGAAGGUGGACAGCAUGUCUGACAGUCUGUGUGGAGGCCCUCAGGCCUGCAACAGCACUCCAGAGCAGUCUGUGGCUGCACAGAGCCAGCACCACCAGCAUUACAUCGAUACGUCUCACACCCUGCCUCAGUUUCCCCCUCUGGACGUGGGCUCCCAGCCUCUACCUGAGCGCAUCAACAUGAGUGACAUCAAGAAGCUGAAAACACUGUACAGAGACCACUGUGAGGCUACUUUGGAUGUGGUGAUGAAUCUCCAGUUCCACUACAUUGAGAAACUCUGGCAGACGUUUUGGUGUUCCACAGCGCCAUCUAGUGACGGAAGCACAUCCAUUCCCAGCAGUGAUGACGACAUGGAAGGUACUAUUCCCAGAGAGAAGCUCGUGGCUCUGUGUAAAUAUGAACCAGUGCGACUGUGGAUGAGGAGCUGCGAUCACAUCCUGUACCAGGCUCUAGUGGAGGUCCUCAUCCCGGAUGUGUUGCGUCCCGUUCCCAGCACUCUCACUCAGGCCAUCAGGAACUUUGCUAAAAGUCUGGAGGGCUGGCUAACCAACGCCAUGACCAGCUUCCCACAAGAGAUUGUUCGCACUAAGGUGGCUGUAGUCAGUGCUUUUGCGCAGACUUUGAGACGUUACACAAGUCUGAACCAUCUGGCCCAGGCAGCACGAGCCGUCCUCCAGAACACCUCCCAGAUCAACCAGAUGCUCUCCGAUCUCAACCGCGUGGACUUUGCCAACGUUCAGGAGCAGGCGUCGUGGGUUUGUCAGUGUGACGAGAGCGUGGUGCAGCGUCUGGAGCAGGACUUUAAGGUCACCCUGCAGCAGCAGAGCUCUCUGGACCAGUGGGCCACAUGGCUGGAUAAUGUGGUUUCUCAGGUCCUAAAGCCUCACCAGGGGAACCCCAGCUUCCCAAAAGCUGCCCGCCAGUUCCUGCUAAAGUGGUCUUUCUACAGCUCCAUGGUGAUUAGAGAUCUGACUCUGCGCAGUGCUGCCAGUUUUGGCUCCUUCCACUUGAUCCGCCUGCUUUAUGACGAGUACAUGUUUUACCUGGUGGAACACCGCGUGGCUCAGGCCACCGGAGAAACCCCGAUCGCCGUCAUGGGGGAGUUCAGUGACCUGAGCUCCAUGAUGCCAUCGCUUUUGGAGAAAGAUGCGUCUGACGAGAUGAGCAGCAUGGGUGGCGGCGGCGGUGACGACGAUGCGUCCAGGGAGACUUCCGAACCGUCUGUGAAAAGGGAGAGGAUCGAUAUGAGCCAAUCUCUGCAGGAGAUGUGAGGACCGGCAUCUCUACGAGAAGGUGGUUUCCAGGGCCUUUACGGUGUGCAAUGUACAUAGAGAAAAAGGUGUAGCAGUGUCAGUCAUCCAGAUGUUAAACAUUAUUCUUUAAUGUCUUUUUUUAUUUUAACUCACGAGGAUGUAACACAGGCCUGAUUGUUUUCCUGUUGCAACUGUGAAUGACUUAUGUGUAAUAUAUUCUCAUAUACCUUAAGUGGUGUUUUUUUUUUUUUUAAUCUUCUACAGUCAAAUCUCAAUUAGCUGUGCCAUGGUGACAUUUGAGUGCCUUAGAUUGCUGUGUUUGAAACCACCACUACAGAUGUCUGCCUGUGUCCCUCAGCUGUGCCUCAACCGCAGUAUGAAUGUAUCGGCUCCAAACCUCAAACUUUCGAAGCACCUUUAACGUUGACUAGGUGUUGCUUUGCUCUCCUCGUUGCCUCUGCUGCAGCUCCGACAUACGAAGAAGACCGUGCAGCCUACAGAUCCAAAGGACUUUUCUCCGUUAUUCCCACUAGUGCUGCGUCGGGCAGUGAAAUAUGGAGAGAAAAUGGUCUCAAAACAUCUGUGGGUGCCAAUGUUUGAUUUGUAGCGCAUACAAAACAUUUUUGUGUGUACUUGUAAUUAUGUAUUUACAAAUACAACUUAUGCAGACACAACUUGAAAUUUGUGCGUGCAUGAUGCAUUUAAAUACUGGUAGAAUGCUGGGUCAACAGAGUCUUUGCAUCACCUUUUCCCUCUUAACUUAGUCCUUUCACCUAAUAGUUGUUUGUUACACAUUAAAAAGUCAACUUCGAGUGCUGUGAUAAUCAAUUAUUCUUUUUUUUAAGUAUUUGUCAACAUCUAUAGAGGGAAACAAUGCUGAUGACUCAGCCUUCUAGCUGCACUUAAAGGCAUCACAAAUCUGGAGAAGUGAGGAAUUGAACCCCUCGUGCACUUGUAGUAAGUAAAGAAUUAAUAAAGAAUUAAAUAAUACAUAAAUCAAUUUUGAAUUCAUUUUAAGCUGCUGUAAUUUCAAGUUGUGUGUGUGUAAAUUGUAUUUUGUUUUUGAUAUAUUUUGGUACAUGUGAAUAUACAAUUGCAAGUACACAAAGUUACGCAGAAAAUGUUUUGUGUGCGUUACAAAUCAAGAAUAAUGCACUUUAAAUAGAUUAUUUUCUCUCCAUAGUGGGACCUCAUGUGGCAGCAGUCUGUAAUGACUUGCUUAACAUUUUCUAUUUUUUUACCUCAGAUCUCUGCGCUGUGCUCAGUUUAGUUCAGGAAGCAAUUCUCCGUCGGUUUGGUUUGAAAUCCGCUCCAUUUCCUCUGAAAAAUCAGCCAGAACUUUUGGACCUGGAAACAGACAUCCUUAAGGAUCUUGUUGGCACGAGCCCCUGCUUUAGAAACUCUGCCGAUGACAACAAAGAUAUCUUCAUUUUUCAGUAAAAAGUUUUUCGGAAAAUUACUUUUGUUUAAGACAAAUUUCUUUCUUGUGUGACUUAACUGAUGUGACAAGUUUAUUUCAUGUCAAAGGCAGAGAAUUUCCUUUAACCAGAGUUCUGUCACUCCAUGCAAACAGGCAUGGAACAAAAGAGCUGAACUAACAGUAAUCUGAUUCAUGAACUUUGUGUUGAAAUGUGGUUGUUUUAUUCUUCCCUUGAUGUUUUCCUCCACAGGAUUUUGUUGUAGCAUUGAUUUUGAGUUAUUUAAGGCUGUCUGUAACUUGUGCCUGUCACAGUAAUUUGCCUUAAAGUGCUUUUGGGGAAAAAAUAAACCUCCUUUCUAUGUGUACUUUGUAAUCUUUUGUAAUGCUGUUUUAGAUUUUUUUUGGCGAAUGAUUAUUUUUAUUGAUCUAGGUUGUUCUUACAAGUAUACUGAACCUUUAUUUUUGUGUAUUUUUAAACCUGUUCUUGACUCUGCUUUAACAAGCCUAAGGACAGAAGACGGUCUGUAAUAAACUGCAUAGUUUAGCUGUAUUUUGUACUUGGUCACAAUGUGUAAUAAACGUAAAACAAACA